UUUGGCGAUCUUCAAUCAAUCUCAUACCGAUGAUGGAUACGAGUUCGGAUUCAUCGGAAGACAUGAUAAUCGUGAAAACUCCAGAUGAUAAUGUUAAAAUGUGCACAGAUUGCGGUACAACUAAAACGCCUCUCUGGAGAGGCGGUCCUUCCGGUCCCAAGUCAUUGUGUAAUGCUUGUGGGAUAAGGAAUCGGAAGAAGAAAAGAGAUCUUCUAGGUCUGAACAAGAACUCGACGGCGAUGGCGACGGCGGCGGCGACGGCGACGGCGGCGGCGAAGAAGAACGGCGUUCAGAAAACGGUGAAGAAGAUGAAGAUGGGAGAAGUAGAGCAAGCGGCCGUACUAUUGAUGGCAUUAUCAGGCUCUGUUUUUGUUUGAUUUUUAAAUU